AGAAAUUCGCCUUUUUUCUUAUCGAACUACACUUCCCGUGGGUACAGAGGCAGCUACGGGUGCCCGGACGGCUCUGACAGUCAGGCACGUUGGAAACGGCAGAGCGAAGCUGGGGCGCACAGGAGACAGAGAGCUUCAAUCGCAGAGGCGCGCGGUCGAUUUUCGCCUCCCGCAUUCUGGGGAGUCCCGAGGCUGUCAGCGGCGGCGCUGCGCGGGGCUUCAGCGCGGGCAUGUCAGCGCCUUCAGUGGGAAGAAGAUUGUGACAGAACCUCCCUUUUUUAUUUUUUGUUUUUUCCCCCCAAAAAUACCCCUCAUUUUUUUGUCUUUCUUUCGCGUAAUUGUGGGUGCAGAGAUUGAUGUGCGGCUUUUCUGUUGAGACGGCGGCGCUGGAGCGGCGUUUCCACUGAAGUGGGAGGACACUUGCUCCUCCGACGCGGGGAGCUCGCUCUCAUGACGGGGAAAUGCUGCUCGCCAGCGGCUGCGUGACCCGGGUGAGAAGAGGAGUGAGCACCGCCACCAGCCAGCGCUGACACCUCCAGCGCGCAGCGGGAGCGCCCCCCCUCAUCAUCAGACUUUGUCUUCUCCUCCCGCAACCAUGGGCAAAAGACAGAAGCAGAGGGAAGAGAGAGAAGUAUGUGAGCUCUCCACUGCAGUAUUGAUGACCCAAUGAUCCCCUGCAGAACAGAGCCAGUCAGGCAGACAGAGUGAGGCUCAACCCAGAAUCAAAAUCAGCGCCUCAGCCUUUUCGGUAAAAGCAUCCGACUGAGCAGGAUAUGAAUGGUGUGUGAAUCUUCUGCACUUUCCGGCUGUAGAGGACACAGAAAACACUCAUUCACGACAUCUGGAAGCAUCUUUUGCUGUUUUUACCUGACCGCACACUGAAUGAGCGGCCUGUCAGGUCAUCUACAUUCUGGGCAGCCUGGGCCUUCUGUGGGUUACGGUGAAAUUUGGCCCGAGGAGAGGGUCUGCGCAGCGGGCACUGAGGAGCUGGAGGGACCUGAGUUCUGGUCCGAAGAGCUCGUGCUGCAGAGGGAGUUCCAGGAUCACUCCUGUGAUGGACUGACAGCCGCGACUCCAGAUGACACUUCCUCCACCCCUCCGUCUGCCCAAGCCAACGGCGUCCAUCUGCAGAGGAGGUUUCAGCACGGCACAUGCUGGCAGAGGCUGACCGAGACCCAAGCGACUGCGGAGAGGCACACAUUGGAGUACACACCCAAGAGCAUGCAAACACACAUGGACCCAGACGUGCACGCACAGGCUUUUCAGCACAUGGAUGAUUUUGGACAUAUGGAAAUUAACACUCAUCCGAGUUCCAUAAGCUCCGAACUGACCAAAACUUUCACAUCUGAGGCCAUGCACACAACCUCACCUCAGCCUUUGUCACUUGCACUUGGCAAUCAUCCUGCCUCCACCAAUCAGCUGGCAGGCCCCAAACGGGUCGAGGAGACAGAGCCCCCUUCGACCCUUUGUCUCGCCCCAAACCCAAACACAGACUCUUCUUCUCUCCCCGCAGAGACAGAAAAGAAAUAUGCACUCCGCAGCUCCGGCCGUCCUCGCUUCCGCUGUCACCUGCGCAAAUCCUCCCGCCUGCGCCGAGGCGUAGACGAAAAUGAAAAAAAAGAGGGAAGAGAUAAGGGAGGGGAGAAGGAGGAUGAAGUACUGGAUAAGAAGAUCUGGAAGGUUAAAGAAGAGGAGGUGGCCAUUGGUAAAGAAAAAAAGCAUCCACCUGUGGAAGCUGUUCUGCCCACACCUACCUGUCACAUCGCUGUUGCUCUUCCUUUACCCAAACCUAAACCGGUUCCCAAAGCUCUGCCUAAACCUGGACCCAGACUUGGGCAUAAACCAGGUCCGAAAUCCAGAUGCAAACCUCCAGUGAAACCUACCCAUAAACCAGGACCUAAGAGUGUAAUGAGACAGCGUCAGGCAGCCCAGGCGAUGUACCAGCAAGCUGCUGCUGCUCACUCAUUUACCGCCACCCCCCCUGCACCUGUGUUGGCGAUCAAGGAAGAACUGGGGGGGUGUCCUUCCAGCAACAGCAGACGAGGGCGUUUUGUUGGUGUGAGGAAGAUUGUUGUCAAGGUGCCGCGCAUUCCUGUAAGCUUAAGCCGCAGACAGAAGAGCUACAAAAUUUCCAACGUGGAGACGGUAACAGGGGUGGAGAAAAGCAACGAUAGCACUCUGGAGGGCUCUGACGCAGUCCGAGAGCCGACGGCUCUCCUUCGCAUGAAGAACAACGGAAAAAGUGUUAUGGUGAUGUUCCCCCCUGGAGAACUGCCGGUUAUUCUCAAACGUAGGAGAGGUAGACCGCCCAAACAGGCGCUGCCAGGAAUACAGGUGGAGCCUGCAAACCCGGUGGUAGCUGGGGCUUCUGGAGAGCAGCCUAAAAAGCCACGCAGGCGACGUCGGACUAAACUCCCACUUCCUUAUCCCUCCUAUGUGAAUGAUACAAAUGAUGUGAAAAUAGAGUACGGAGAUGUCCUCUCCAAGCUGGCGUUUUUAAACCGCCAGCCCCCCGCCACCGGCCGCUGCUCACCUCCUCGCUGCUGGACACCCAGUGAGCCGGAGAGCUUUCACGUCCCUUUGGAGAACCCGGGAAUAUCCACCCUGCUCCACAAACUCACUGGGUUUAGACGUCCACGAGGCGGCAGAGGAGGUGGCAUCGGAAGAGGCGGGGGAGCGGCCGGCAGGCUCGGGGGCAGCGAGUGCAAUAAGAACACCUUCAGUGACUUUUUUGAAUCGAUUGGAAAGAAGCGGAAACUGGGCCCACUGUCGGAACACGGGCUACCCAGGAAAAGGGGGAAGAGUGUGGGAGGGGUGGGCAGGGGGGGCGGCAUGGUGGGAACAGAGCUGGGGAUCGAAAAGAUCGUGAAGAAGAGACGCAUGAGAAAAAACGGCGUGUUUAAAGGGAUGCCCAUGGGGCAGGAGUGGCCCAACGGAGCAGGAGGAUGGGGGGAGGAAGAGACUAUGCACAAAGAGAAAGGUUUGGGGGGCUUUCAACUCUGCAGAUCUUCAAGGGGGGGCUUUUCCUCAUGCGAGCUGGGGCUGGGAGGUGUUGACGGCAGUCCAGGCGGAGGCAGAGGGGGUGGGCCCGCCGGGGAGGACACACAGGGUCUUUUUGCUGGAUAUUUUCGGUCGCUGCUGGACUCCGAUGACUCCUCGGACCUGUUGGACAUCUCGUCCUCGCAGUCGGGCCGACACAAAGCCUCAUCUACGCCCGGAUAUGAGCCAUCCAGUCCAGUUGCUGGUCACAGCUGGUCUCCUGCAUUUUUGAAGUGGAACACUAAAGGGGCCAGUUCUGGCAUGGAGGGGUCAGCUCAGGCACACUGCUCCACCGCCAGGACUCCUUACAGCUACGGAACCAUGGCCCAAACAUCCCCCACCACCUCAACCUAUCCCAAAUCUACCCCUCCAUCACUCUCACAUUCCCCCAGCUCCCCCCAUCCAGCAUCGUACGGCCCCUACUCGUCGGGCUACUCCUGCUCCUCUCCUGCAGUCCCACAGAGGUCCUCCGACUGCAGCUUUGCUUAUGGUGGUAAGACCCCCCCUGUUGGUCAAGGUAGUUACUCUAAUUACCACGCAGCAGCCAAGCGGGGCUACAGCGGAUAUCCGUCAGCAAGCCAUUCCUCCUUGGUGAGGGGGGAGUCAACGGGACCCACGUCACCUGGAGGAGGGGGGUAUAUGUCAUUGGCCAAAGGCAGCUCCUUCAACUCCUCCUCCCCAGAGACCUACAAGCAGUACAACUCCAAUCAGUGGAGCUACAGACACAGCGGAUGGCCAUUGGACAGCUUCGGCUCUCAGUACCACGGCUACAGUGAAUACGGUUCCAAUGAAUCGAAAGACAUCCUGGAUAUUUCCAACUACACCCCCCAGAAGGCCAAGCGGCAACCCUUUCCCGAGAGCCUGUCGGAGUCCUCGUCUGAUUCCUCCCAUCUUGGCUCCACGGCCACCGUCAGUGCCCCCAGCGUCCCCGGCGUCACAUACAAGCAGAGCGAGGCUGCGUCUGUGAGCGUAGAGAGGGGUCAGUCCAGCCUUUCCAGCCUGGAAAAGCUGAUGAUGGACUGGCAUGACAGCGCCUCGGGACCGUCGUACAGCUGGAGCCAGAAUGUCCUUUUUCAAGGUGGGGGAACCAGCAAACCUGGCCGAGGUCGCAGAAAACGCGCUGAAUAUCUACUGGAGAAAGAGGGUGGUUCUGGAUUGCAUUCCGAUUCCCCGUCCAGUCCCUCCCCAACACCUACUCCAGGAUCGAAGCGCGGUGGAGUUGGAAGUCGAGGCAGGGGAUCUAGAGGGGGAAGGGGAGGCGUAUCUCCUUGUCAGAGGGAGCGUCCGUCGGGGUCCAAAGGCAGGGGGAAAGCUGUCGCUGCAUCGGGAGUCGGGCAAGUGGUGUCAGCUGGAGGUCCCGAGGGUUCUGGUCUGUUUCACGAGGGGUUGGACUAUUAUAGUGGAGAUAGUAGCAGUCUUUCUCCACUGACGACUCCAAACCCUGCUCCACCUUCCAGCUACCUCCAGGAACCCUGUGAGUACCCCUCCCCUUAUUCAGCCAACCCCUCCACACCAUCCUCUGAGGAGCGAUAUCCGACUUUAUACCCCGGUGAGUCCUGCUCUUCUCUUUCACCGAGCGUCUCAUCCCCCCCUUAUCCUCCUAAGCCCACUCCGCCUCCUCAGUCUUAUCACCUCGCUCCAUCUAGGACCUUCUCACCUUCAUGCUCCCCCUCGCCACGGUUAACUCCCCACUGCAGCACAGCUCUCAGCCCUUCCCAUCGCCCCCCUCCCAAAGACCUCCAGUUUUCGCAGUACGACUCCCCCAACUACUGCGGCUCCCCCUACUGGUACGGACAGACAUCCCACAGCAGCAGCCCCAGCCCCCACUCAAACCCCAUAUCCGUGCACGCGCACACAAGUCCUCACGGAAACACCCACGCUAAUUCUCACGCCAGUCCGGCGGCACAUCCACAGGCGCACCUGACUCCCAGUGAGACGCACCCACACGGCACCCAGCUCCACACAAACCUGGGCUCACACAGCAACUCACACCUCCAGGGCAGCCUCCUCACCCACUCAAACAGCCAACCCCACCACACCACGCACCACCCAUCACAUUCACACCCGAACCUUAGUCCCAGCCUGCACUCCCACUCUACACCUGCUCUCUACGAGGAGCGCAGCCCUCCAUCUGCCAUGACUCCCAACAAGCGGGAUCUGACAGCCCAUGCCCUGAGUGCAGGCCUCUGCCAGGGCCCCUCGCCUCUCUCCCCUUACCCCAAACCCCCUCUGGACCCCUCGUCUCACCAAGAGGACGCUAGUGGCUAUUCCCUGCCCCAUCAAUCCUACCAGGGCAUAGGACACCGCUACCCCUCCCAGGUGACUCAGGGUGGAGGGGUGCUGUGCCAGCUUCUGGACACAGCCAGUGAUGACAGCUUCAGCGUCACCAGCCUGUAACAGCAGGUGCAUCCAACUCAAGCUUUUACAGAUUUGCAAACAUUUCUUUCUUUUUUAAAGGAGACUUUCUUUGUGAGAGACUGUGAAACGAAGGGUGAGAAUUUAGCUGCCAGCUUUUGGACAGUAAAGCUUUAAUUCUCCAGCACUGACAAUCAAGAUCAACCCACACACCCAAGCAUGUACAUACACGAACACACGCAAAACAUGCAUGUGCAGAUUUGACCACUACCUAGCCAUAAAUACAUGAAAUCAAAUGUGAGCACCCUCUGCACUGGAAUGAGAGAAUGACCAAGAGGAGCUGACGCACUUGUGGACUAAAAUACUUUUGUUUUUGAGUCUGUAUAACAUGCAGUAUUUCACCAAAUCUUGUUUUGUUCCUAAAACGUUUUUUUUUUUAUUGUUGUUUUGCUUUUAUAUGUUUUUAUGUUGUCUCCCAACUUCCCCUCCUCUGCUAAACCAGCAACCAUUCUGCACUCCGAUCAUUUAACUGUCUUGUGCCACAAUCAAAGCCGUACCUGAGCCGAAAUUACAACUCUUUAAAAUACCGCGAGCCGAGCCGACGUCCUGCUCCGUGCGCUCCUGUGUCGUGUCUCAUACGAGUAUGUCUGCUCUUGAAAAUACCAGCAUCUGUACAUACAACUCCAGCUACAAACCAGGGGGCCUCUUGUUGCUCCAGAGGCCUGUCAUCUGUGUGUUAUGCCGUGGUUUCUCUGCUUUGUGAGGAGGGGGAGGACUGCAGUAUGGAGACUCAACAUCCUGUGUUUUUUGCUGUUUUCGCUACAAGGAAAGGAGACAUUGAUAUUACGCAAUGGCCCCAAAGAGACUUUUAUUUUCUGUGUGCGAAUGCAAGACGCAUUUUGCGUGACUGCACUGAUGCAUGUAUUUGUGUGCAUAUUCUCUAUCUGUGUGUGCGUGCGCGCGCGUGUGUGUGUGCUAGCCUGUGGGGUCGAAAGGAGUGAAACUCCCAAGACGCCAACAUUUUGGCGGGGCCUUGUUCAUUCUUUCACUCUCCCUUCUUUUUCUGUGGUCUUGUGUUGUUUGGUGGUUUUUGUGAUGAACAAAAAAAAUUGUAUAUCAAGUCUGUUAAUAUCAUGUAUGUAUCUAAGGUGAAAAAUAUUUAAAUACACAUAAUGUUCUUGCCA